AUGCCCAAGAGCGCGGUUGCGGCUCUUCCUCCUAGUAGGGCCAAUGAGAACCUCGUCUGGCAUGACUUUUGGGAGAACCGACGCGUCUUGAUGUUCUGUUUGAUCAUCUACCUUCUUCCCGUCAACUUUGGCUAUGAAAUGUCAAUGACAGGAAAACUCCUCGCCGUUACUCCUUUCGCCAAAAAGUUCGGAUACCAGGCUGGUGAGACCUGGGUUGUCGCCGCUCACGACCAACAAAUCCUCAACGCCGCCGCCACUGUUGGAAUUUUCACCUCUGCCUUUGCGACUGGUAUUAUCAGCGACUUUAUCGGCCGAAAGAAGACCAUUAUCGUUGCCUGUAUCAUCUGCCUUGGAGGAAUCAUUCUUCAGUACUUUAGCGAGACUAUCCUGAUGCUGUUUGGAGGCAAGGUUGUUUCGACUUUCGGAUUCGGUCUUGGUCAUUCGCUUGGUCCUGUUUUCGUUGCUGAGCUUGCACCUGUCAAGAUGCGAGGUUUGUGCUUGGCUCUGCUGAACACAAUGAUCACUCUUGGCCAAUGGCUCAACUCUCUCGUCGUCUUCGCCUGCAAGAAGGAUCCCUCGGACAUGGCCUGGCGUAUUCCUCUGAUCACCCAGGUCAUUCCUCCUGGACUUCUUCUUCUUAACCUCUUCUUCCUCCCCGAGUCUCCUACAUGGCUUAUCAUCAAGGGCCGCCGUGACGAUGCCGCCAAGGCUUUCCGACGAUUCAACGGUGAUGGAUUCGAUGUGGAUGGUGCCAUGGCUAUUGCGACUGUCGCCAUCGCCAAGGAAGAGGAAGCCAAGAAGGCGCAGGAAAACAGCAAGUGGCUGGAGUGUUUCCAGGGUACUAACUUGCGACGAACCACCAUUAUCAUCAUGGUGUACCUUUCGCAGCAGUUCAUUGGCAUUGGUUUCAUCAACGGUUAUCUUACAUACUACUUCCGUCUCGCUGGUGUCAACGAUCCUCUCGCUAUCGGUCAAAUCGCUUAUGCUAUUCAGCUUGUUGGAAACAUGUGCUCUUGGCCGCUCAUCGAUCGCUUGGGACGACGACCUCUGAUCGUUGGUGGAUGUUUCGUCAUGACUGCUCUCUUGCUCGUCAUCGGUGGAAUCAGUACCAUUGGCUCCGGUCCCAGCUUGUCCGCGACUGUCGCCUUCAUGGUUAUUUGGGGCUUCCUGUACCAGGCCACCCUGGGUGCUGUCGCCUACAGUGUCGGUGGUGAAACUGCCAGUGUUCAACUCCGACAAAAGACCUACAGUAUCAACAUCAUGGUCUCGACCGCCUUCUCCUGCCUUGUCUCCCAGGUCAUGCCCUACCUCAUCAACACCGACCAGGCCAACCUCGGUGGCAAGGUCUGCUUCGUCUUCUUCGGUCUCUCGGUGCCCAUGUGCGUCUACCUCUACUUCUGCCUGCCCGAACUCAAGGGCCGCAACUACGCCGAGGUCCAGGAGAUGUUUGAGAACCGCGUUCCUGCUCGCAAGUUCAAGUCGUACGUUGCCGAGGUUGCUCUGGUCAACGACAGGAAGGAGGAAGGAAAUGCUUAA